CAUUUAUUCUCUCAAACAGCAAGAUCCAGGCUCUUCAAACCACAACACUCUACUUCGCCCAUUUCCCCUUCCAUCUGAAUCCAACCCACACACGCCUCCAAAAUGCACUCUAGCAGACUCUUGCUCGCCCUCACACCUAUCCUCGGUGCCCUGGCUGCCGACCAAGUCGUGACACUCAACCUGCCCACCGACAUUGGUGGAUCCGUCACUGCCGCUGAACUCAUCGGCUCGUCCGCAUCCACAACCACCUUGUUCAUCCCCUGUGCCGAGAACGUGACCAUCUGCCAGGGUGGUGGUGUUACUCUCAUCGCAGAGCCCACGGCGAUCAGCAUGGUGGUUCCCCUCGAGGACGAUGUGACGUACACAGCCUCCUGCUCAAUCGACACUUCUGCGUCUACGGACUCGUGCGUCGCGCGCACCGGCACCGACGACACCUGGGAGGAUAUGGGCACCGAUGACCUCUCCGCUACGGAGAUCACCAUUACUGCGACGGCAGCGCCGGCUUCGAACAGUGCCUCCCCGACAACAUCCCCUGCCUCCACGACGCUCGAGACUAGCUCUACCAGUGGCAGCACUGCCAGUGCAGAGACUGACGAUGCCUCCGCGAGCCCUAGCAGCUCUGCGGUUGAGGCCACGGACAGUGAUGGUGCGGCUAUUGCGAUGAUGACGGCUGCGCCCUGGGCUGGGGCUGUUGUUGCGGGGUUGGCGGCUGCUGUUGCGAGGAUUUAG